AUCGUCGAUCGUCGAUCGUCGAUCGUUGAUCGUUGAUCGUUGAUCGUUGCGUCACGCGUCACGCGUCACGUUACUUUACACGCAAGAAACUCGAGCGGUCAGGAUGACGUCGUUCCGUCCUCCGUCGUUCCGCGGCCGCGGCCACCGUGCAACAUGUCCGCGAGCGAAAGCGAUACGGUGUCGUUUAAUCGCUGCUGCUCCGAAUGUUUUGUCAAGCGGCCAUAUUUACAUUCGUUGCUCCUCGCUCGUCGCUCAUCGCUUUGGCUUCGGAGAAUGCAAAGUCCAUAGAUCGAAUGGAGGAUUUCAUUUCAUAGUAACGCGACUCUUCGUUUCAUCACGAUCUUGGCUAUUAUGUAAUAUUGAUCAAACUGGAUUUUCGGACAUUGGUCAAACUUGAAACGCUUUAAGAACACACGUACCAUAUGUUCCUUCGGAUUUUUUGAUGCGUUUCGUUUGACGCUACGAAAGUUUCGAAGCGUUCGAUUGACAAGGAAAUCUCUUUGGUCUUUGGUCUAUUCUAGCUGUCAAACGACAAACAACUCUGACAUAUAUAUUGUCUGAUUACAACGAAAAAGAGGAAAAGAGUGUGUAACGAACGAGUUGAAGAAAAUGCUUCGCGGAUACGAGGGUGUGAGAUAUGUUUCGGAUAAGCAGAUGAUAGUUUUUGAUAUCGGCAGUGCGUACACGAAAUUUGGCUAUGCCGGAGAAGCGUCUCCACGUGGUAUUAUCCGAACGGAAGUGAGAUGUCCGGAAUCCAAAAAAAUACGGCGAAUCAUUGAUCAUACGGAUGUCGAGGACUUGUAUCAACUUCUUGUAGAAUUUCUUCAUCUAUUGUUUUUUAAAUAUGUUGUGGUGAGUCCGAAAGAUGCAAGGAUAUUGCUCUUGGAGUCGCCAUUGGCGGUGACAUCAUUUAGAGAUACCGUCGCAAAAGUGAUGUUCAAACAUUUUGAAGUUGGUUCUAUAUUGUUUCUACCGAGCCAUUUAGCAACAAUUAGUACUCUUGGUAUCGAUACAGCUUUGGUAUUGGACGUCGGAUAUCGAGAAGCGACCCUAAUCCCUAUCUUUGAGGGAAUACCAGUUCUCAAAGCUUGGCAGGCAUUGCCUCUGGCUGGACAAGUUGUACACGAAAACUUGAGGAGAUAUGUUAACGAUAUAUCAAGCGAUAUAGAUUUAUCGGAAAAGGUGCUAGAAGAUAUCAAGGUAAGAACAUGUUUUACAACUACACUGGAAAGAUCUACAAAGCUAGGAACAAAGGACGCUCCUACUCCACCUCCCAAUGUUAUGUAUCCUGGUGUUAAAAGAAUUUUGAUACCCGGAGAAAUUAGAGAAAAGGCAUUUGAAAUACUAUGGGAAAGAGAUAAUGAUAAUCUCUCGUUGCCAACUAUGAUACUCGAUGCUAUCGUUAAGUGUCCUUUGGAUACGAGGCGAGUAUUAGUCGAAAAUAUAAUACUCAUCGGUGGAACAACAAUGACAAAGGGCUUUGCGAGCCGUUUGAAAUCGGAAUUAUUGGCUUUAGUCCAAAGCGAUUUGUAUAAAAGUAAAUUAAAAAUACAAUCGUUUAAAUUUCACACAGCACCUAGUAAACCAAAUUAUACAGCAUGGUUAGGUGGUGCUAUCUUUGGCACAACAGAUUUACCAUUACGAUGCUUAACGAAAGAAAUAUAUUUAAAAACGAAUCGAGUUCCCGAUUGGUCCAGUCUUAUAGAUAAUCAAAAAGACGAAACAUCUUACGAAAUAUGAACGAAUACGCCGCUAGAUUUAUCAAUUUAUGAAAAAGUAAAUAAUUUAUACUCUUGUGUGUAAUUAUUUAUACGUGCAUAUAUUGUAAUUGUAUCAUUCUGUAAUGCUAUUUUUUUAUAUUUCAUUGAUCGAAUCAUCAUUUCGCACUGUUUAUCAAACACUAUUAUAAAUCCCAACACGUGAUCGAUGAUAUAUUAACAGGAAUCUGAAUAUAUAGGAAAUGGAUCAUUCGUAUUAGCUUUCUGUUGCAUUACACGUUUAUACGAUAUAAAAAAUUAAACACUUUUAAUCA